AUGCUUGAAAUAAAAGAUUAUCAGGAUUUGUUUUCUCCUGAUUUCAAUGUACUGUCACUACGAGUGGGCUCUAUGGAUGAUGAUUUUAAUGUCUUUAAUAAUAUGGAGCAAAGCAAUUUGACAUCUUUGGACACCAUGAUAACAGGCCUUGCAAAGAAUGGUCUAGGGGAGGAUGUCGUCAAUUAUUUCUCUCGAUUCAAGCGAACAGGACUAAAACCGGAUGGAAUGUUGCCCUUUGAAUCAAUGAUCAAUGACUAUGGGAUUAUUCCGUCCAUGAAGCAUUUUGUGAGUACAGUUAACAUGUUGGGAAGCACAGGGUAUUUACAUGAAGCCCUGGAAUUCAUUGAAAAGAUGCCAAUGGAGGCAAGUGUUGAUGUUUGGGAGACGAUGAAUAUUGUUUGCAGAAUUCAUGGGAAUUUGGAGCUUGAUGACCUAGGUGCUGAGCUUGUUGAGCAGCUAGAUCCCUCUUGUUUGAAUGAGAAGACAAAGUUAGGCCUUGUACCUGUUAAAGCAUCGAAUAUUGUGAAAGAGAAAAAAAAGGAGAGAAAAUACCAUGACUUUCAAACAGGAGAUACAUCUCAUCCAGAGAGUGAUAAGAUAUAUGCUCUUAUUAGAGACCGAGAAGGUAAGGAGGAAGCUCUUCUUGCUCAUAGUGAGAUACUUGCUGUAUCGCAAGGUCUCCUCAGAAGCCAUGCCCGUGCUACCAUUCGGAUAGUAAUGGACUUUCGUAUUUAUGGUGAUUGUCAUGCUGCAAUGAAAAUCAUCUCGAAAAUUGUUGGUAGAGAACUCGUUAUACAGACUGAGGAGAGAUUCCACCAUUUUAAAGAUGGAUUGUGCUCCUGUCGGGACUAUUGGUGA